AUGCCCCUUCCUCCUGCGACCCAACCACCAGCCGGCGGAAACGCGGAAGUCUCGCGGAGCGCAGCGGACACACCGCUGCACCACCCCCACCACGAGUCCGAGACGCCCUCGGGCCCGACCGCAAACGCGCCCCGGAGCGCUCCGCGGGUGGCCGGCCCCCAAAGGUGCCCGGGGAGCAUCCCUGGGUUGCACGCGCACCUGGGGGACAAAGAGGUUGCUGGCGGAGGCGGGACGCGGCGGCCGGAGCCCGAGGACCGGCCGGGCCGAGCCGCCGCGGGGCUGGGACCAAGCGGCGCGCGCCGCGGGAGGCUGCCGGCCCCGCCCCUGCUCGUCGCCGGGGGGCGGGGGGGAGGGGGCUGCCACUGGCACGUGCCGCCCCGCAGCGCCGGGCGCGCGCCAGACCGAAUCCCAGGGGCGACGCGGCUUCUCCAUUACCUCCGCCCAGCUCUGGCUUCCGCGGACGCCACUUCCCUCUUCCUCGGCUCGGCUGCAAGGUCGACAGGCCUCCCCGCCGCCCUAGGGGAGGAGGCGCCCGCUUCCCGCUCCUCUCCGGGCCUGGAGAGUGGAGCUCCGAGCUCCGGAGCGCGGGGCCCUAGGAGGACCGAUCCCCCACUUGAUCCCUCUAGCUCCCUGACCCCGUACCCCGACUCGCCAUUUUGGGCUCUGUGGACCGGGCCCAACCGGAAAAGAAAGGAUGCGCUUCCGGUGGCUUUGUGA